CAGUUGAAUUUUCCCGAUCUAUGAGGACCAAGACUUUUGGAAGGUUACUAAGAGAAGGUCCAGUUGAAUGACGAAAUCUAGAUGGUGUUAGUGGAAGAUUUUGUUUUUUUCUUUUUCCGUGACAUAAUUUUCCAUGGAGCAAUUAAUUCACUUGGAAAAUGUAAGUGGUGGGGAUCCUUUUCAUGUCUAUAUAAGGUCUAGAAAGUAGGGGUUUUGGCAAUAGAGUUUCGGCCUUCCUUCAAUUCUUCACUUUUCUUUUGUACCGUCUCUCUAUGUCUCUCAUGGGGAAAUCCUAUUUAGCCGGUAACUUUGGUUUUAUGGCUUCAACAUUGCUGCUGUUUGGCCUGCUAAUGGCAUCCCUAGAUAUCUCAAGUGCUCAAAUAGGUGUUUGUUAUGGAAUGCUUGGCAACAACUUACCACCAAGGCCAGAAGUUAUAGCUCUCUUCAACCAGAGAAACAUCAGAAGAAUGAGACUCUAUGAUCCAGACCAAGCUGCUCUCCGAGCUCUCGGAGGCUCCAACAUUGAGCUGAUGCUAGGGGUUCCAAAUACCGAUCUUCAGCGUGUCGCUGCCAAUCAAGCCAAUGCAAACACUUGGGUCCAGAACAAUGUUAGAAACUAUGGCAACGUUAAAUUCCGCUACAUUGCUGUUGGAAAUGAAGUCAAACCUUCGGAUCCGGUGGCACGAUUUCUAGUCCCUGCCAUGCAAAACAUUCGCAAUGCAAUUGUUGCAGCUGGCCUAGGGAACCAAAUCAAAGUUUCCACAGCAAUCGACACAGGGACGCUGGGAGAAUCUUUUCCUCCAUCAAAGGGGUCUUUUAGGUCUGAAUACAGGCCACUUCUCGAUCCCAUCAUUCGCUUCCUGGUGAACAACCAAGCCCCAUUACUUGUUAACUUGUACCCCUAUUUCAGCUACGAUGGCAACCCGGCUAUCAACCUGGAUUAUGCUCUGUUCAGAUCUCAAAAUCCUGUCGUCUCAGAUCCUCCCUUGCAAUACCGUAACCUUUUUGAUGCCAUCUUGGAUGCUGUUUACGCUGCCCUGGACAAGGCUGGUGGCGCUUCUUUGGAGAUUGUUGUGUCGGAGAGUGGAUGGCCAUCCGCUGGAGGUGGGGCACGGGCAGCAGCCAAUAUUGAUAAUGCAAGAACUUAUAACCAGAAUUUGAUCCAGCAUGUGAAAGGAGGUACUCCAAAGAAGCCUGGAAAGCCUAUAGAAACUUAUAUUUUUGCCAUGUUUGAUGAGAAUAACAAACGGGGCGACGAAAUUGAAAGACACUGGGGACUGUUUCUUCCAAAUAAGCAGCCUAAAUACCCAAUCAAUUUUAACUAAAUGGAGCUGCUGAUUAAAAUCCGUAAGAGAAGGGCAUUUCAGCCAUGCUAUAUUAUAUUUAGCGAAAUAAGAGCGUAGUGCUUAUCCCUGCUUAAGGGAGAGCAAAAUAAGCGUAUACCAGCUGCUAGAAAAUAUUCAAAAUAAUAAAACUCACAGGAUUUACAUGUUACAUGUGAUGAAAAGUUGUGUCUACUUUUUACUUCAAAAAAAAAAGUGUUUACUCUUAUUUGUUACGAGUUCUC